AUGGCGUCAGAGACUCACGAAGAGGAAGAAUAUUUUCCGUCUUUUCCUUCAAAACUGUUUCAUAUGGUAGAGAAUGACAAGUACAAUGGGAUAAUUUGGUGGACCGAGGUGAGACAAUAUUUUAUAUUUUUUCUUGUUUAAUUUGGCCGAUUUAGACGAUACCGCGUCGUUCCAAUGAAUGCGACGGUGCCAACAGUGUACCUUCCAGACCUUCGAAUCAUCGACGCGUUGUCAUGCAGUUAACAUAUGAGUUAAAGUAUACUCUUUGUUCCUUGUUCUGCAGAAUGGAGAUGGGUUCUUCAUUUGCAAAGAGAGAGAGUUCGUAAAAUCUGAUAUACUGGACAAGUACAGAGUCAAGAGUUAUGGCAGCUUCACACGACAACUCGGCAAAUGUAAGUACAGUCCGUGUGAUUUUUGUUUUCCUUCCUUGACAGGUUGGGCCAUGUACGGAGUCGUGGGGUCGGGAGGGUGCACUAAACGGAAGCUUUGGUAGGGUGGUGCUGCUGAGGUCUUCCAAAAGGGCUAAAGGGAAAAAUGGAGGAAGCCAAGGAAAGAGGGCUGGGAGCUGGGAAGGUAGGAAGUCUGGACCCCUUGUUCUCCCUGGUACCCUGUUUAAAAGGACAAGAUGUUUUCAAGGCUGUAGCCCUAAGAACACAUAAUGAUUCAUAAUGAUAAAUUAAAUACAAGGUACAUCACUGCGAUUUAUAGGUAAAAAACCAGAGCACAAGCCCUUACAUGUAAGCCUAAAGUGUGGACCUGCAGUUCAGAAGGCUGUUCGGCGACUUUGAAAGAAACAGUCAUUUAGCAUUUUUUUUUUUGAUAUAUAAAUGAUUGUAUUAUUAUUUAAUUUGUCUUUUCACUGAAAUUGAGUGCUAAAUUGCUUUUCUGUUACUUGGUAUGCCUUAAGAAGUAGAAAUUGUAAAGAAGUGGCCACUAUGUCAUGUAAUAUCAUAUUAUUACAAUUUUAAAAAUAGUUCUAACAAGAAAAUUGAAAUCCACAAGUUAAAUGUAUGUGGUGAUGUGUAUGUUAAGCAAAAUAAAUUUAAAAUCAGCUGAAUUCUUGUCAUUUGGAUUAUAAACAAACACUGUCUAGAGAUUCCAUUAACAGGGUAUGUUUUAUAAUUUUUUUCAAUCAUGACUAGCUAUAGGUUACUUUGCAUUAUAUUUACACUGUAUGCAUUCAGGCCAUCUGAUAUUACGCGAUGGUGCGAUUUCGCACAAUUGACCUCAAAUCGCAUCCGAUCACACAAUUUGAGGAAAAUCACAUAAUUCGUAAAAACAUACUGAAUUAAAGUAAAGUAAAUAAUGAAUUCUAACUUUAAUCAAACAUUUUCCCAAUCUUAAUGUUAUUUAAUGUGAUUUACCAUUAAAGAAAGCCUUGCAAGACACCUGAAAUCUUCGAUCGCAGUAUCUGGGCAGCCAUUUUGAUUUCAGAGACAAGCAGUGUGGUCAGCGAUGUAACGGCGUCAUGUAAUAUUAAGCAAGUGCCCUUUUUCUUUUCCGGGUCAAAAUAAUUGAACAAAUUUAACUAUUUUGUUUAAAACUAGAUGUUUUAUUAUUCCUUUACAUUCAAAUUGCCUGUUAAACAACAUAAAAGUGGUUUUUCGCCUUUGAAACCUGGUAAAACGAUGUAAAUUAGCCCUGAAAAAAUCGCAUAAUUUAUCGCAUAAUAGUCCUAUCUUAUCGCACAAUCUACCCUGAAAAUAUCGCACAAUUUCUUAUUUUUUAUCGCACCCUAUGAGAUGGCCUGUGCGUUGUCUAAGUUUGGUAUGCUUAAACUGACUUUCGACUCAGCUUUGCUAUAAUAGUCAUAUUAAUAAUAGUGCAAGUUUUUGUGGCUUCAGGCAGCUUGGGUGGACUAUUUAUUCUAUAAGACUGACCACUCAAGGUAAACCCUGAUCAAGUAUGCAUGCCCUGUAAUUUGAUCUUGGCUAGGCUGGUCAAGGUUUCUUGGCAAGCUAGACCAAUUUUUGGCCCUGCCAGCAGUGGCCAGUGCAGGCCAAUUGUAGGCCAAACUUUUCUGCUUCUCCUCGCCAGGCUUUGCCAGUUUUGACCCUGGCCAGCAACGGCCUGUCCAGGCCAUGCAGAUCUUGUCUGUUUUUUGCUUUUCCUUCUCAAUUUAGGCCACGGCCAACUGCAGCCAGGCCAGGCCGGGCUGACCCUGUGGCCGCGGCUUCCCCGGUUUCUUUAUCCCCUGACCAACAUGGCCAAAGCCCGGCUCACCCCGGCUUUCAGGCCAGGCUUUAACCCCGGUCUGGCCGGGUUCCUGAUGCAAGGGCAUGUACAUUAGCUCUUCUUUUGGGGGAUCCUGCAAGACAUCUUUAUAUGAGUGGUCAGUAGGUAAAAGGAGUCUUGAGAGAUGGCAUCCUAUUGGCACUUGCUCUGCUUGCAUUCAAAAUGGAGAUCUUGCUUGCAUGGUUAACCCAAAUAUCACGACUUGCACCAAUUAGCACUAGGCCUGAGAUAAAUUUUAAUCUGGGUUUCAUUUUCUUAUUUUUAAAAGUACACUCGUGGAUAAAUUUGUCUAUUCUUUUGAGAAAAUCCAAUCAUCAAAUUGUAGAGAAAAAGGAACAAAGUUUUGAAUUUUCUUCUAAGCUUUGAUCAUGCAUAUCUGAAUUCAAAUUUGUACUAGCCCUGGGUUAUCUUAAUUAGCUUUAAACAACCUCAGCAUGCCAAGAAAGUCGUGUCCGAUAGCCCGGGGAUAGUGAUGGAUAGUAAAGGAUAGAUAGGGAUAGUGAGUGCUUAGUAAACCUCCCAAGGACAUGUGCAUCCAUAAAUCGAUGGUUGCACUGCUGCAAACUUUAUGGGGAAUUUACCAGUAAUCUGGCACCGUGCGGGGUGCCCAGAUCAUUCUUUAAUUUGCAAGAUCUUUUCUUUCUAUAUCAAUAAUAAACCUUUCCAUUGAAUAUCAAGAAGUUUUCUGUCUCAAUGUUUAUCAAAUGGACGAAAAAAUGGAUUUGCACAAAUUUGCUCCUUCCAAAUAUGUGGCAAAUAUGAUAUAAUUUAAGCAGUUAUUGUUUAGAUACACAUGUGUACAUGUAUACAGGACAGGCACAAUUUUUUUAUCAUUUACCAACUGCAUGUCUAACAUUACACUGUACACUGCUUAAUCUUUUCCAGAAUCCUUUUAGUUGUGAGCAUUUUCAUGGUUUAAAAGCUCAGCAUUGGAUUAUUCAUUUAUUCAUUUAUUGAUUAAGUUUUGGUGUGAGGGCCACUAUGGAGAAUACUAGAAUUUUAAAGAUCUUUUAUUAAAAUCACUAUUUGUAAAUAGGCUUUUUAUCAUGAUUGUUGCAAUUUAUUAUUAUCAAUUUUGUUUUUAGAGGGCCACUAGAGAGAAAACGUUUCGUAGUAAUUGGAGUCAUCCUCUUAAAUUGAAGGUUAUAUGGGUUUUGUUUUUGACCUUGCAUGCGCUGUCGGUUUGAAGGAUGUUUCAGGUAUAACGUAUAACCCCAUUCCACCUGGGCAUAAAAAACGAUUUUCACUUAAGGUUCAAAAGGAUGCAUUAUUGACUUGGAAGCUGCAUGACAGUGGUAAUUGGUAGCUGCUGGAGAUUUUGAAGAACAUUUAGUUUUUUAUCAUUCUAAUGUACUCUAGAUGGCUUCCAUAAAAAACGAAGACAAACCCAAGAGCGAGCAAAUGGGCCCUCAUCCUAUUACUGCCAUGACGAAGGUUAUUUUAAAAGAGGUUGUAAAGAUUUACUCGUGAAUAUCAUUAAAAAGGUUAGUAACACUUUAGGUUAGUAUGUGUAACCAACUAAUACACAGAUGUAAAAGUAUGUGUCAAAAAUUACACAUAAGAUAAUGAUAUUAUUAUAUAUUUUUUGAAAUUUUAUUCAUCAUUAGUCAAUGAAUAAGAUCAUGAAUUUUGUUCUUUAAUUGCAACACUCCUGAAGCUUCUUGUAGAUUGGGAAUUUAGUAUAAUUAAGAGGCUAAACUAGUGAUUUUGGAUUAAAUGCAAUUUGUUCUCUCAUUUAUAGGAAAAUCAGGGAACUAAAAAAGAAACAUCCUCCAAAGCGGGUAAGGAUUAG